UGUCAGUACAACUGUCAGUUACACUGAUGAGAAUCAAACUGCUUGAUUUUGGAGGCGGGGCUAACGCGCACUGAAGGGGACAUUGACCGUGAAUGGCUACCAGUCAGUUAAGUUAUCAGUGUGAACCGCAUGGCCAGAGUGUGAGGAAUGUUGGUGCAAAGAUUUGAGUGAGGUUUAAGUAGUUAAGAUGCCGGAAGAUAGAGAAUUUUAGGGCGAAUUUUUUCAGUUAUACAAAGAACAGCCAUGCCUUUGGCAAAUUAUGUCAAAACAUUAUCUGAAUAAAUAUAUAAAAAACGAAGCGUAUGGAAAAUUAGCAGAAAAACUUAUAGAAAAGUAUCCUGAUGCAACCACAGACUUAGUGAAGAAAAAAAUCAACAUCUACAGGAGUAAUUUCAGGAAAGAAGCAAAAAAAGUCGAAGAUUCUAUGCGGUCUGGAAUUGGGGCAGAUGAUGUGUAUACGCCAACUUGGACUUACUAUGAAGAUUUAAUGUUUUUAAAGGAUCAAGAAGCUAUUAGAAUAUCCACCUCGAAUUUACAAGCACAUGAGGCUUGUGACAUUAGUGGAGAGGAAGUCGAUGAAUCAUUGGUAAGUGAUGCAUCAACAAGCAAUGACACAACCCCCACACCUCAACCAACAUCUACCAUCAAGAAAAGGAAGAAGCAAACUCCUACAACCGCGAUGGAACAACUAGUCACGGUGAUAGGCGAACGAAUUCAAAAUACACCGGCAGAGGACCAGCAUGAUCAUUUUGGAAAGAGUUUGGCUGCUAAACUGAGAAAUAUUCCCAGCACGCAAAGGAUCUAUGCUGAAAAGUUAAAUGAUGUAAUUUUUGCUGCGGAACUAGGUCACCUUAGUUCUGCAAGUGUUUUCAAUGCAAAUCACUUUGUAAUGCCUACAAUAGUCGAGCCUAGCAUGUCAACCCCAAAUCACGAAGAUCAAACUUCACAUAGCCUAGCAGGAUAUUUUUCAAACUUUUCUGGUCUUUGAAUAUAGUCAUGUUGCAAUAUUUAUAAAAAAAAUUAAAAGUUUAUUUCCCCAAGUUCAUGAUAAUAUUUACUGUUUCUUUUUAAUUUACAUUUUCCUUAAUUUUAUUCAUACAAUGAAAUGGAUAUAGAAGCUAAAUGUUUAUUUCUUUAAGUUCAUAAUAAUGUUUAUCAAUAUUUUUUUUCAACUUCAGUGUUCUUUACAUUUAUUCAUAUCAUAAAUGGAUACAAAAAGUACAGCUUUAUUUUCUUACUUUCAGGUAACCUAUCAUUGUUGUUCAAACUUUUUUUUUUCUUAAUUGUAAUAAUAAAAUGGAAAUAGAAGUUACAGUUUGUUUGCUUACCUUCAUAUGUAAUGCAAUACAUUACUUAAAUACAGAUAUUUUCCAUAUCUGUAAAUAAACCCAUGACCCAAGGGGUCAUUGGUGAGAUAGGAGGGUGAUCAACAGCCAUAACAGGACGUAAAACUAGACCAUGCCAUGCAAUGCUUGCAGUGGCCUGGUUGCA